GUAGACCGUUGGAGAGUUUUGCCAGUUGGGAUUUUUCUCGAUUGAUCGAGAAGGUUAGCCGAGUGUGUUGAAGCGAGCAGACCGCACGGUUUUGGGCCUUCGGAGUUGAAAGAAUAUGGAGAAAACGAUGGUCGUGAACGCGGACCAGAGUUGGGGCUGUUCCCGACUGCCCCCUGAACUAGUGCUCUUCACCGGAGAGAUGCUGGAAGAGUUUCUCGUGGAUGUGGCGAAAAAAAAUAAAAAUAACCUGUUGAAGCUGUCCCAGCACGCAGGAGCUUUCAAAAAGACACGAUUAAUAGAAUUUAUUUUCCUUCUCUGUGAUCAAUUGGGGCUUCAUCAUCUAAUCAGAUACCAAGCAGUGGAACUACUGGACAGGUUUAUGAUUCAAUACAUUGAUAAACUGUAUCCAUCUAGGUGCUCAGAUUCAAACAAUGAUUCGGAAAACUUUGACUGGAUACUGAAGCAGACUGCAGUCCAAGAACAUUUUGUGCUACGAAUUAUGUCUUGUGUUCAAAUAGCAAGCAAGAUCUCAUUCCAUUACCAAGUUGUUAAUAAUGCCAUGGCCCUUAAGUUCCUUCGGUCUCUUGGCUUUUCAUACAAAAGCGCAAAUCUCCUGGAUUCAGAGCUCCUUGUUCUCAAAACUCUGAAUUUUCAAGUCAAUGUUCCUUCCCCUUUCACACACACUGAACUACUAGUAGUAGUCAUGGGGUAUAAUAAUCCAUCUGUUCCCGUUAAGCAUUUGCACAGUAUUUCUCUGAAGGUGCUGACAUAUGUUUAUAUAAGGAGAAACACUAUCUAUGAAAGUUUAUUAAAAACUACUCUUCAAAAUUCCACACCUACUGAACUCCAGAGAGCAAAAUUUUUAUCGGUGAAGGAGGAUUGCAUGCUUUUAGCCGCUGGGGUUAUUGGAGCAAGUGCAUUUAUACUGAACUAUUCACCGUGGUACAAGGUUGUACAGCAGCUUGCCUCAAUUAGUGGUGUAACAGAAGAGAGUAUCUUUGAGUUUUCUCAAAUAAUAUUACAACAUAUUUACCAAACCAUUUAA